AUGAGAGUUGAUCCUAGUGAUUUAAUUAAUCAAGGAUUAUACGAGGAGUCUGAGUUUGAUUCGAUAAUACAAACUCUCACGGAGCGAGAAGAAAGAGAAGAAGCAAGAGAAUGGUCUGCUAAGAGAGAUGAGAUUGCACAAACUAUGUGGACUGAUUAUAUGGCUAGAAAUAUUAGAAUGGGUAAGGGCAACAAAGAAGGGACCUCCAAGCAAUUCAGGUGGACAAAACCGAUGGAACAUGUUUUCCUUGAAAUUCUAGCAGAGGAGGCUCGAAAAGGAAAUAAGCCUUCUAAUACUUUCAAAUCAGUUUCUAUUAAUCGAGUUGCCGACGCCAUUUCUGAAAGAUUCCAAGUCCAAUGCGAUACGAAGCACGUGGAAAAUCAUUUGAGGACAAGAAAACCAAAGGCGAUUAUAUGCAAAAUUCGAGGUGAAAGUGGUUUUGGAUGGGAUGAUAACAUGAAAAUGAUCACAUGUGAUAGAGCGACAUACGAUGCAACAGUGAUGGCACACAAGAAGUAUGAACCAUUUUUGAAUAAAAGCAUUGAUCAUUAUGAUGAAAUGGCUGUGGUUGUUGGCAAAGAUAUGGCAACAGGGAGUUUUGCCAGAACAUUUGCUGACAUAGAUUUGGAUGAUGGUAAUGAAGAUUCAAUGCCUGUAGACUGCGACAAUGAAGAGGCUGAAGAGGUAAGAACAAAUGUAUCUUCAUCUGGCACAUCCAAACGUAAAAGAAAAAGUGGUCAAGAAAGUCUCGUUAAUGAACAAAUUAAAUUUGUGGGUGAGCAACUUGGCGAAAUUGCUAAUGCUUUGAAACAAUUUACUGCCGACAAGACAGCACAGCUUUACGAACAAGUGAUGUCGAUGCAGGAAGAAGGAUUUGAUGAUGAAUUCUUGUGUUCUGUGUGUGAUUAUCUAGGGAGUCAUGAAUCAGAGGCCAAAAUGUUUUUAGUUAAAAGUAAGAAGCAUAGAAAAAUUUGGCUUCAAAAAUUUUCUCAGGGUUGAAGAUAUUGAUACUUUUAUGUGGUGUAAUAUUAUGCACUUGGACAAUGUUGUUACUAUGUGGUGUACUACUAAUUAUGUAUUUGGAUAAUAUU